AUGUCAUUGAAUUCACGAUAUAUCAACGACAACUUAUUUAAGACUCAUCAAGAACAGCUACAAUAGACGAUAGCCCAAUUUUGUGAUUAAGUGAAUUCUAAUUCUUCAGAGAAUGACUCAUUAUUUUAUGAUGGAUUCAAGUUUUAGGCAGCACAUUAAUAAAUAUGUAUUCUAUUGCAUUUUAAUUAGCUGACCUCAUAACGCAGGUUGAGAUAAGUUCGAAGAUAGACGAAGGAAAAAGAUAGCUAUCAACAUUAAUAUUAGGUUAGGCUCAGUAGAUUCUUAAAAAUUAUAGUUCAUAACAAAACCAAAUUAAGGUUAAGAUCACAUAGUCAUUAUUCAAUUUACAAAGAGAUACGAUUAGGACAAUUUAAGAAGUGCACGAUGCAUUUAGUUUAAUAGAAUCAAUAAAGUGGCCAUGCAAAGGACAAACCUAUAAGCAGUUUGACAAACAGCUACGUGCUUUGGAGAAGCAGUGCUUCUUUUGGGAAUAAGUGUAGUUGUUAGAAAACCGAACGCCGAAUUCAAUGUGUUAGAAUGAUUUCAAAUUACGGUUAAAUGAAUGGUUUGAGCAAUUCACCAACGAUAUCAGAACGAAGAAUUUUGACAACAUGAAAAAAUCUAAAAAAGGCUAUUUGGAUACACAGUUGAAGACUGCGCAUGAAUUGUAUGUGGGAUUGGGAACCGAGAAAAAUAGAGAAGGUGCUUUACAAAUAUACAAAAGAUUGGCAGAAGAGAACCAUCCGAUAGCAUAGGCAAUUAUGGGAUAGAUUUUAAUGGAUGGUGAAGUAGGAGAAAAAGAUUAUGAUCAGGUAUUUAAUUUAAAACCAUUUGUGGUAGGCUUUUAACUACUUUAAAUUGAGUGCUGACCAAGGCCAUACAUUCAGUGUCUAUUGGGCAUCUAAAUUAAUAUUGGUAAUAGCUUAAAAGUAAUUUAAUAGGAAGAAAAAGUUUUUGACAAAUUUUUUGAAAAGGAUGAUCAAUAAAGUAGAAAAUCAAGUGUGACAGCUAUCAAAACUAAGGAUUGUGAUUUGGCAAUCAAAUUAUUAAGAAAGGCUGCCGAAUUGGAACAUGUUCCAUCAAUGAAUUAUCUGGGCGACUUAUACACCUCUGGUUUGGAAUUAUAGAAUUGUAAAAAUAAUAAUUAUAAAUAUUAAUGAUAGAUUCUUUGGAGAAGGACUAUUAGGAUGCUGAAUACUUUUAUAAACAAGCUCAAAAAAAGAAUUCAGUUGAGGCUACUUACAAAUUGUCUUUGCUUUAUUAAGAGAUGAGCAAAACUAGCUUAAACAAAGUAAGGAGUCCAUUCAGCUAUUUAAUAGAAUAGAAAGCAAUUAAUUUUUCCAUUACUCAGUCAAGCCAAGAACUAAGACUAUUUACCAGCAUUUUACGAUCUUGGAAUUUUGUUGUUAAAUGGCUUAGGGGAGGAAUUGCAGGCCAACCCUAUGAUGGCUGACUUAAUCUUCGAAUAAGGGGCACUUAGUGGUGACAUUAGGUGUGCCAAAAAAUUACUUAAUCUUCGUUUUCAAAAUUUACAGAGAGAGGAGGGUUCGAUAAACGAUUUUCUUUCUCUGUUGGAUUAGUUAGAGGAUAUUUUGAAGGAUCAAUCUAUCAUUAAUUACAUGAGAGGUAAGAUUUACUUUAAGGGGAUAUUAUGUGAGAAGAACAUGUAAAAAGCGGUCGAAUAAUUUAGGUAUUUGAAUGAAAUGAAAAUAGAAUAGGAUCAUGGAGAGGAUGUCUAAAAUGCAGAGCCUAAUUAGAGAAGAUCUUCAAGGACAAAGAGGAGUUGCCAACCAGUUCACAAUAGUCAUCACUUCAGAAACUCAACAUCUAAGGAGGAUUCAUUGAUUCAGUCAAACAGAGUGACUUAAGAAAAGCCUAUCAGAUACAGAAGGGCAAGGUUUCAUAGAACAACAAAUCAAUUCCUUUUGAACAAGAGAAUCAAUCAACUCGAUAGGAUAGACAUACCAUAAUGACGAUAAGUAUAGUUAAACCGAAUGAAGUCAAUGAUCCAGACAGAAAACGAGGGGGCUCUGAAUAUAAUAGUUUCAAAAGGGGAGAAAGCAGUGUCAUGCUUUCCUAAUUAAAACUACAGAUUCAAUCACCAUAAUAAUAACAAUAACAAUCGUCUACUAGAUUUGAUCAACAACAAUAAUCAUAAUAUGGAUCUCCUCGCCAACCCUCUUUAAUUAACAUCUCUUCAAAUUCUUCAAAGAAAGAUCGCUUUAAUUUUAGUAAAUUACCUAGCCAUCGAUCUAUUAAUUCUUCGAAAUAUCUAUUCAACUAACCUUGA